CACGCGUUUACUAGCACUAAUAGUGGUCUGCACUUGCCCGUGAUGAAGAACCAACACUUUACCUGUUCGGAGAACAUGGGAACUGUAGUCGUCUGCGUCAUUUUGCUCCCGUUUAUACUGGAAGUCGCUGAAUGUAGUGGAAAUGGAAUUAAAAUGCGAGAUAGUGCCUGUCCUUUUCGUUGUAAUUGUGAAAGCGACGACAUACUCCAACGAGUUGAUUGCGCCUACCUCGGGCUCACAGUUCUACCCGCCAACCUGAGCGUGUUUACCUCAUUCCUGGAUCUCAGCAUGAACAACCUCAGCACGCUGCCCGCUAGUGCCCUCUCCAACCUGCACUUCCUGCAAGAGCUGCGACUCGCUGGAAAUGGCCUCACACACAUCCCCAGAGGGGCCUUUUCUGGUCUCUUCAGUCUCAAAGUGCUAAUGUUGCAGAAUAAUCGACUGACUCAGAUCCCAAGUGAAGCUCUCCAGAGUCUCAGAAACCUGCAGUCGCUACGUCUGGAUGCCAACCACAUCAGUGUGGUGCCACCUGGCUGCUUUGAGGGGCUGACUGCCCUGCGCCACCUGUGGCUGGAUGAUAACAUGCUGACCCACGUGCCCGUCCAAGCCCUGGCCAGCCUCACGUCCCUGCAGGCGGUGACCUUUGCCCUCAAUCGAAUCAGUCACAUACCAGACUACGCCUUUGCCAACCUCUCCAGCUUGGUGGUCCUCCAUCUCCAUAACAACCAAAUCAGCUCACUGGGUGAGAAGUGCUUUGAUGGACUGCAGAGUCUUGAAACAUUGGAUCUCAACUAUAAUGGUCUGAGUGAGUUCCCCAUUGCUAUCAGAGCACUCACUAAUCUCAAAGAACUGGCUUUCCACAGCAACAGCAUUCAGGCCAUCCCUGAACAUGCCUUCAUAGGGAAUCCUUCUCUACUUGCGAUAUUCUUCUACAACAACCCCAUCAAAUUCGUCGGCAAGUCAGCCUUCCAGAAUCUUCCUGAGCUAAGAACCCUGUCUCUCAAUGGAGCCACAGAGCUUUCCGAGUUCCCAAAUCUUACAGGCACACAUAAUCUGGAGAGUCUGGCUGUCACUGGUGCCAGCAUCACAUCGCUGCCUAGUUCCUUCUGUGAGAUGUUAGCCAACCUCCAGGUGCUGGAUCUGUCGUACAAUCAGAUCCGUCACCUCCCCAGCUUUAGUGGGUGUGGAAGGAUGCAGAAAAUUGAUAUGAACCACAAUGAAAUCCAGGAAGUGCUAGCGGACACAUUCCAGGACCUAUCGAUGCUCAGAUCUUUGGACCUGGCAUGGAAUAGAUUGCGCUCGGUGGACCCACUGGCUUUCUCCUAUCUGCCAUCAUUAAUCAAACUAGACAUGACCUCCAACGAGCUCACCUCCCUGCCUGAGCUGGGGCUGCCUGCACUCACACACUUGAGGCUGGCUGGCAACGAGGCCCUGCGGCAGCUGCUCUCUCCCCACAAGUUCCCCAGUCUCAGGGUCCUGGAGGUGCCGUAUGCUUUCCAGUGCUGCGCUUUCCUCUCAUGUGAAAAGCGAGACUUUGGUGACAUGAAAGAGAUGAGUGGCUACAGACGAAAGGAUACUGGUAUCAUGUCCAACCAAGAAGAGCAAGAGUUUGGGGAGUUUUUCCUGGAACUGGAGGAAAAUCACAAACCAGUACACUCCAUCCAGUGUUCUCCAGCCCCAGGUCCCUUUCAGCCCUGUGACCACCUGUUUGGGAGCUGGCUCAUCCGUAGUAGUGUGUGGGCCAUCGUUCUCCUGUCCGUGGUUUGUAAUGCUAUGUUGCUGUUGACCAUCUUCCUGUCCGCCGCCAUCAAGUCGUCCGCCAAGCAGCUGGUGGGCCUCCUGGCCUUGGCCAACCUCUUGACGGGGCUGUGCAGCGGUGCUCUGGCCAUGGCCGACGCGCUGACCUUCGCCGAGUAUGGAGCGCUCUGGGAGAGCGGCGUCGGCUGCAAGCUCGUGGCAUUCCUAUCCGUGCUCUCGACGGAGGCGUCCGUCUUCCUCCUGACAGCGGUCACCGUGGAGCAGGGCUUCCUGCUCUGUCGCCUGAAAGCCGUGGAUGCUGGCCGGGCGCCGCGAAAGACGAGGCUCGUGGCGGUCCUUUGUGUCCUCCUGGCCGCCACUGUGGCCUCGUUACCCCUUGUUCGCGUGGGUGAGUACGGUGCCAACUCCCUCUGCUUGCCCAUGCCCACAGGGGAGUCAUCUGGCGCGGUCUUCAGCGUCACCGUGGUGCUGCUCAACUCCCUGUGCUACUUUGUCAUGACGGUGACUCACGUCCGGCUCUACUGCCUCCACCAGGGGAAGGGCCCGUCAGAGGCCGACUGCCUGGACUGCUGCUGGGUCAAGCACACGGCGCGCCUCCUCUUCGCCAACUGCCUGCUCUUCUUCCCCGUGGCCUUCCUGUCCUUCGCCGGCCUGCUCAACUUCGCCUUCGUGAGCGCCGAGGUGGUCAAGUCCAUCGCGCUGGUGGUGGUGCCGCUGCCUGCGUGCAUGAACCCCCUGCUCUAUAUGCUCCUCAACCCCCACUUCAGAGAGGACCUGAGCGGCCUGUGCUCUCUGAAGGGGAGCCGCCUCGUCGGAGUCGACUUGGACACGGCGGAGAAGUCAUGCAACUCCACGCAGUCGCUGGUCACAGAGACAUCCGAGGUGCCAGCGAGCGCUUGGCCGUCCCAGCAGAGCUUGGCGUGCACGGCCGAGCGGUGUCCCCUAUCCCACUGCUAAAGGAAGAAGUUUUUUUAUAAAAAAAAAACCCACAUACAACGAAACUGAUAAGCAUUUAAGCAUUCGCCCUCAGCCUCAGAUGGUGGCUCUUGAGGAGAAACACUCGCUCUCUCUCAGCUCCCUGAAGCUGUGGUCUUCAGUCCACCAGGUGACCUGAGGAUGUGUGGGCUUCUGGGAGUUGAGGCCACGAGGAGUCCAUCAGCUAGGCUAAGUUCCCAGUGGUGGGAACAGGAACACACACAAACAUACAAACAUACACACACACACACACACAAAGGAGAGGCUGAAGCCAGGUGGAAAGGACCUGAGGCGUGUAGAAAAGAUGGGAGCGUCCACUGCCAAGUGUCUGAUGAGGUAUUUACCUCAGUGAUGUGUUCCUUCUGUAAGAACUCUAUCUUGACUGUAAGAGACCAUACGUGAGUUCCACCUGGCCAUAGGAGGAAGUGUAUACCUGUUGUACCUGUUAGGUGCUGUAAGUUCAGUACAUGAAGACAAUCUGUCAAUCUUUUGGACGUAAACAUGAGCUGCAGAUGGUAGGAUGGUGUUCUGUAAUAGUAAGUGCCUAGUAUUAAAGUGCUUAGAGUUUGGGAUUUACUGUACAUUUCAUGGCACAUAGUGAUUACAGUGUCACAUAAAAUACCCAUUUUUUUAAUGUUUAAUGUAAAUGUUUUCUUGCUCACAAAUAAUUUUAUAUUGUAAAUAUAUUUUUUGCAACCUCA